UGAUUGGUUGAGGGGUUGGGCUUUAGAGGUGGAAGAGGAAAGGAUUUCGGUCUCUUUUGCGAAGAGUUUUGCUGAUGAAAGUGGGACUUCUGCUGCCGAGCGAAACGCCGGAUUUCUCUUCAAUAAGAAGCCUUUUAGAACACUAGCCAUGUCGGAUGAGGUUCCUAGCGCUUCAGCAGCAAAGAAUACGUGCCCAGUGUUGUUUGGAAUGGAGAGUUCAGGGUCCGCCCAUAUGGGACUGCCCCCAGUUGAUUGCAACGAAGUGUUCCAUCAGCACGCUAAGCACAUUGGGAACCUGCAAGGCUUCUCCCACAUCCUGUUUAGUCCGACUGGGAUAAUGUAUGCGGUCCGUGAUGCAGACAUCUAUGCAGGGUCUCCUCCAGUGAAUCCUGACGAAGACUGGCUGACUAAGGCGAAGUGUGUUGGUAGAGGAAAAUGGGAUCAGUUUCACUCCCUCUUCUUCCAUCCAGAAGGCAGCCUCUAUGCUGUUUCAGAUGAUGGUGAACUGUACAAGGGCCCCCCUCCUGAUAAUGAGGAAGUGUCUUGGUUGUACAAGGUUGCCAAGAUGAUUGGAACUGUUGGAUGGCUCUUCCCUUCCCUGUUCUUUGACCCUGAGGGUAUCCUGUAUGCUGUGACGUCGGAAGGGAAGCUGGUUAAAGGAAAACCUCCCACUGAAAUGAAUUAUGACUGGCUCAAUAAUGCUGAAACUCUUGGAAGUGGAGGCUGGCCAAAACUUACCCAUUUCAUUGCCUUCUCUCAUGAUGGGAAUCUGUGGUGCGUCUCCAAGGAUGAAGGGAAGAUGUACUCUGCCCCACCGCCAGUCCAGUCUUCUGCUGAUGGCUGGCUUGAAAAAGCCCAGUAUCUUGGCAGUGGUUAUGAUCGCUACGAGAUGCUUGCCUUCACGCAAGAUAAAACCAUUAACAAAAUCUUAAGCUUGGAUUUUAACAUCGCCAGUGCAAAAAUUAUUUCGCAAGAGCCUCUGACCGUUGGGCAACAUGACUGCGACAACACAGCAGGCACUGUUCCUUCAACUGCCACUCUCCAGUUUUCAGAGCCCCUUAUUCUGGAAAGCUCCUUUUCCCAUGUGUACGAAUUUACUGUGGCAGCUGAGGCAUCAACAACCUUUAAGGCUGGAAUCCCAGUGGUCGCAGAGAAUGUAACUGCAGUCACUCUUGAUGUUGGUACAACUUAUACCUGGAACUUUAAAGAGACCGAAAGGAAACAGGUUGUAGACCCCUCUACCUUGAGCAUCCUGGUGCCCCCUGGGAAGGCUGUGAGAUUCAAGGCUUUUGUUCAGAAGAGAACUCUGGAUGUUCCUUAUACAGCGAAGGUGACCACUGUCUUUGGAUAUGAAACCACUAUUACUGGAAGAUGGCUUGGAGCUUCAGUCUCCAGAGUGGGAAUAAAGGAAGAAAUCCUUGACCCCAAAAAGGAGCCAUAGAUCUGAUGAAGACCUGUAUGAAGUGCUUAUUUCUCAAUAAAGGAUCAAAUGACUGCA